AUAUUUCGUGGAUUGUUCUGUUUAAAUACUUGGGUUUCUUUUCAUUUUCAUCUUCCCUUAUUUGUUCUCUUUGGUGUUGUGAUUUUAUUUCAAGUUGUAUCUCACUACCAUCGCUGUACUGUACGUCAGCUGAUUUUUCCUACAGCGAUUCCUACUGUCACAAACGGCUGCAAACGUGCGCGUUUCUGUAGUCCUCGAACGACCGUCGCGAUAGACGUACGUGCGUCAUCCGUUUUUCCUUCCUCCAUGUCUCGGUAUUCGCGACAUUGCUGUCUCUACAAGAAGUAAUAACUCAUAACUACGAAUCUACGAGUGUGCGAAAUGUUCUCGAUGUCGUUCUUUAAUGCGCAUUCUCUUCUUGCAUGACGUAUCUCACGGUUUCAUCUCUGUAUCGAUAUCUUCCCCUUCAUACAAAUUUGUGCCGGUCUAAGGCCUCGUAACUCAUGCACACGCAUCGGCGUGUAUUCGUAUGUGAAUCGCUUCGUUACGUUCAUUACGCAGUCGAUCGAUCGCGCACGUUAUUUAGGUUCGACACAUGUGGCGUUGUAAGGACAGCAAAGAAAGAUAAACAACAGCAAAGAAUGUGAAUGUCGCAACUUCUUUCGCACAUUAACUUUCAAGUUUAUUUAAGUGUGUGUAAUUAUUAUGAUGCGCGUAAGAGAUCAAAUAAAAAUUUAGAGCACGUUUGCACAGGAAAAGAGAUUGAAAAGAGAGAGAAAUAUAUUCUCGUCCCUUACGGUCGACACGCAACUUAAAUCGUCGCGAGAGUUUAUUGACCUCUGUGUCAUUAGGACGGGUCUUAACACAAAUUAGGAGACAUGACUCCAGUUUACACGUGUGUUUUAAUUAAGCAAUUGCCAUACCCUAUAACGUAAUGAGUUAAAUGGUGGAUAUCUUUCGUCAAUAUUUAUUCGUUGCUAUUCAGGCAGAUCGUGUAGUCGGAGAAUCGACCGGACGGCGCGUUGAUAAUGACCAUAUUCGAUAAGAAAUACCAACGAGUUCCGCUAACCCGAUGUACGAAAAGCCCUUGCGAAUGAAUAUCUCAAACACAUCUUUUACUGAAAGGAACGUUUGCGAGUUCUGGUUUAUCGAUCCGUCUAAAGAAAAAAAAAAGGUUAAUCUAAAGGCAUGGAAUCUAGAUGAGAAGGCAAGGAAAACCUGAUUGGAUUCAUUUUGAAAAAAGCACACUGAGAUUUCCAAUUUAUUCCGUUCACUUGAUUGCACGAAAGGUCCCAAGAGUAUCGAUAAGAGAAUCUUUAUUAUUAUUUUAUACACAAGAGUGACUAUAAAUUUGACAAAUAAGAGUCGUAUUGAGCGUUUAACAAUACGAAAAAGUUAUUUAAAAAAUGCAGAUUUUUUAUUUUUUGUGGAGCUUUUAUGAUAAAUGUAAAAUUUAAUCAAAUGAAAAGAAACUUGCAAAUCUUCCUUCAUAAAUUAUUACAUAAGUACGAUAUUGGAAUACAAAUAACUGUGAGAUGGUAUAAUUAUUAGUUUAACAGUGAUAAGAGUAAAAGAGUGGGCGUGUUUUGUUUCAUUGGUAUGUGAUAUGACAUAUAACUUGAGGUUGGUACAGCCUUGGUACUGUACAGCGACCGAAUGCGUAUGUUGCUUUCUUUUCAGUUUAAGGAAUGAUGGAAUUACUGCACCACCGAGCAAACAGAAGACAAAAAUGAAAAGAUAUACUUAUUUUAUAGGAAACGAGGAUGACGUCUCGAAACAGACCGAUUAAAAUUACGACCAUCGGCGAUGGCAUGGUUGGAAAGACGUGCAUGCUCAUCACGUACACAAAGAAAGAAUUUCCAACGGAAUAUGUGCCUACAGUUUUCGACAAUUAUGUCGACAGCAUAUGCGUGAACGGACAACAAUUCGAAAUGACAUUGUGGGACACGGCUGGUCAAGAAGAUUACGAGAGACUUCGACCGCUGUCGUAUCCAAAUACUGACUGUUUCCUAGUCUGUUUCUCUAUAAGCGCCCGUAGUUCUUUUGAAAACGUAGCAAGUAAAUGGCAUCCAGAAAUUAAAGCAAAUUGUCCUAAUGUGCCAAUUGUACUCGUGGGUACCAAGGCAGAUCUUAGAAAUCAAGAAGUUAUGGAUAUUGUCAGUUCGCGAGAUUGUAACAAAAUGAAAAAAAAAAUCAAGGCAGUUACAUACGUCGAAUGUUCUGCAAUAAAACAGCAAGGUCUCGAAGAUGUUUUUAUAGAAGCUAUUAAAGCCGUACUAAAAAAGCCGUCAUCGAAAAAACUUUGCUGCAUUCUUUGAAACUAAUGCAUUUAGUUUAAAGAACACAUCGUGCGGUUAUAAUUAUUAAGACCUAUGUAAAACCAAAGAUUUUUUCUUUGCAUAUUUUGUUCGUGUGCCUUUUUCUUGUAUAUUUUGUCCUUAUUAUAUUCUUAAGGCAUACUUUACUUUCUUUGUGUAUAGAUUAGAAUUCUCUUACGUCGUGUAAAUACAUAUGCGUAAAAUCUUUAUGCAUGCUGAUAUAAACAUUUUACGUAUAUAUAUAUAUAUAUAUAUAUAGUGUGCGUGUGCGCGCGCACGCGCGCGCGUGUGUGUGUGUUCUAUAUACCUGCAAAAUAAAACUAUCGAGUGGAUUACAUUUUACACUUUGUCAUAAAUUUUUGUAGAAUAUGAUCAAUAUUCUGUAAUUGUUAACUUUAUUAUAAAUGUAUUACAACGUAGAUAUAUAAAAUUAUAAAGUCAA